CCCGCCCCUCGGGCGUACGUGAGCGCGCAGGGCGCAGGCGCGCGGGUCCCGGCAGCCCGUGAGACGCCAGCUGCUGGACGCGGGCAGCCGUCUGAGGUGCCGGAGCUGCGGGAGGAUGGAGCCGCUGAAGGUGGAAAAGUUCGCCACCGCCAACAGGGGAAACGGGCUGCGCGCCGUGACCGCGCUGCGCCCCGGAGAGCUGCUCUUCCGCUCGGAUCCCUUGGCGUACACGGUGUGCAAGGGGAGUCGUGGCGUUGUCUGCGACCGCUGCCUCCUCGGGAAGGAAAAGCUGAUGCGAUGCUCUCAGUGCCGCGUCGCCAAAUACUGUAGUGCUAAGUGUCAGAAAAAAGCUUGGCCGGACCACAAACGGGAAUGCAAAUGCCUUAAAAGCUGCAAACCCAGAUACCCUCCAGACUCCGUUCGACUUCUUGGCAGAGUUGUCUUCAAACUUAUGGAUGGAAAACCUUCAGAAUCAGAGAAGCUUUACUCAUUUUAUGAUCUGGAGUCAAAUAUUAACAACUGACUGAAGAUAAGAAAGAGGGCUUCCGGUAACUUGUAAUGACAUUUCACAUUUAAGCGAGAGUAGCUGUGUUACAGGAUGCUCUCAGCUGCCUCCCUGCCUUUGCGCUU